AUGUUUGAGGUAAAGCCCAGCCGUUAUGGCAGUGUUCAAUUUGUGAAUGUUGGAUUCUGGGACAUUCAUCUUCACGAGUUCCUCUCCCAAAACGGACGAGGAGAGAAUAAUCUCGAACACCAGUACCUUCUCACACACUUCAAUUCGUCGACUCUGAACGUCCAACUGAAUCCAUAUCACCUGAAUAGGAAACUCGCAGACUUGCUCGAGUACUUUUGCGUAAAAGUGUUCAGUAGCAUAGGCAAUUUCAACCAAGAUAGCGUGCACUUUCAUGGUCUGAUUCGCAAGUUGGCUUUUUCGGAUAAUUCUCUUUCUUCGAAUGCAAUCAUCCAGGCUACUCUAGCCCUAUCAGCGUUGCAUAGAACCGGUCGAGGUUCCGAAGCGCUGCGCUUGAAGUCAUUUACACUGCAAACAUUGAAGGCCAGCAGCAAGAACGGCAUGACUCCCGUGGAUGGUAUUCAGCAUGUAGUAGCUGUGAUGAUUCUAUGCUAUUUCGAGAUUGAAGACGCCUGCGACACGCAUAUGCAAUGGAUGCUGUAUGUCGUUGGCUCGAAAAAUCUCAUGCAGGCCCUGAAACUCAGAGAGCAGCCAUUCUCAGGCGAGUUCUCUGCUUUACUCGACUGGGUGGACUAUCAUUUCGUCAUCGGCAUAUUCACUUUGCGUCACUGGCAAGCGGCGUAUCGUCGUCAGCUAUCCCAUGAUCCGGGAAUCCAACAUGUCGUAUGCAUGAAGAAGCUUGUGCCAAAUAUUUCCGAUUGUUCGCACCCAAUGCUCGAUCUUCUCUACGAAAUUUCUAAUACCGUCAAAAGACCAACAGAAGAAGGCUACUUUAGUCAAGAAUAUGCUGCAUAUCUGAAAGACCUUGAAAAUAGGGUCAUGACCGUUCCAUUCUGUCCUGAGAAUCUGGGGUCUUCAUCAACUGAGGCGUACCUAAUGGGUGCUGAACUGUACCAAAUUGCAGCGCUCAUCUACCUCGAACGAACUUCAUGCAACUUUUCCGGUCAAUCUAUCAAGAUUAUGCGCCUUGUCGAGCGCGGGUUUGAGAUCUUUCAACAACAAGAUACCUCUAGUGCAUCCCUUGCCAUCUUCAUCCUUGGACUGGAAGCUAGGAGUGACGAGCAACGAAAAUUCAUCCUGGAUCUCAUUGAGCGCAAUGCUACCAGGUCAAAUCUGCGGAGUUUGGAGGCAGUUUCCCGGAUGCUACAAGCCGCUUGGAACCAAGACGAUCUGGAGACUGAGAACGACGUCAAUUAUGUGCUCAAGCUCGACACCAUCAUAAAUUCGAACAACAUUAUUCCUGCACUGGCCUGA